AUGCCCCGCUCAGAAGAAGCGGAAUGGUGGGCUAAUGCAGUUUACGAGGCUAUCCAAGAAGUCCCCCAGGGCAAAGUCACAAGCUACGGGCAUAUCGCACGUCUACUUGGCGAACCCCAACGCCCUCGCCAAGUCGGAGUAUGUCUAAAGUCCCUCCCAGCGGCAGAGUCCGGUCAACAUUUCAACUCAAGCAAUGUACCCUGGCAGCGGGUAAUCAAUUCGAAAGGAAUGAUAUCACACCGCGGACCGGGCAGUGCAGCCCGCCAAGCAGAAGCCCUCGCAGAAGAAGGCGUGGAAACGACUACAGACAGCAUGGGCGAGAUAUAUGUUGAUUUCUCGCGAUAUGGGUGGUUCCCAGACCAUCUCCCCAGCGAGGAAUCAUGA